UUGUGAUUUGUAGGCGAUAACAAGGAAGUGGGUCCACAGAUUAAAGGUGCGUCUCUAACGUCUGCUCCUCCUGCUGCUGCUGCUCCUCAUUUGUUUGAACUCUCCAGCGUUGCCAUGGACUGGAUUGGGUUUAGCUAUGCUGCAAUCAUUGCUUUUGGAGGAUUUAUGGGAUACAAGAGAAAAGGCAGCGUGAUGUCCCUGGUGGCUGGUUUAGUUUUCGGGAGUUUUUCUGCGUACGGCGCUUAUAACAUCUCUAACGACCCAAAGGACAUCAAGAUCUUGUUGCUCUCCUCGGGAGUCCUCGCAGUCGUCAUGGGAACAAGAUACAAGAAAUCUGGAAAAUUAAUGCCAGCUGGCAUUAUGUCGGGACUGAGUUUGCUGAUGGUGUUUCGACUGCUGCUCCUGAUCAUGUUGUGAGCGGAUGAACAAGACCAAAGAGCCUCGAUUUAAAACAAACAUGAUUCCCUUCUUGCACUAAAUCCAAUCUACUGGGUGUGUUUACGUUCUCUUUUAAUAAUCCUACAUGCCAUGUGUUUUUGUUGCUUUUGUAUCCGUGCCUUUGUGUGAAAGUAAAUCUCAUUUAUUAAUGGUUAAUUUCCAUGAAUCGCUCACAGUCCUGGCAGCACAACAGACAUUUGUAAUCUUUUGCUUCAGGUUUUCUGUAGGCACAUCACUACUAUUGUACAACACGUGCAGACUGUAUCUAAAAAUAUUAAAAUAAGACCACUGGACUGGUAGAGUUUCUCGAAACUUGCUUGACUAGUGUCUGUUAACAAGAUACUUACCUGUUGUUAAGACUUUUCUUUUUCUAUUUUGUCUGACCUGAAAUGUCUGAUUAAUGUAAAAACAAAUACGUUUUUAUUCUUGAUUUCAAACAAACCAUGUAUUUGAAUAAAAAAAAAAUGAAUUAAAUCCAACAUGUUUGUAAUUUUAUUAAACAGAUUCAUGAAAAUUUGUGCAACUUCA